AUUGAUCGUAUAGUACAAUAUGAAUUCUUGACGGCUACGAUAUUUAUUGAAUAAAAUUCUCAAAAAUACGUUUUACAUUAAUAAUGAAAAGGUGUACCAGUGAACACGCUCAUGGAUAAGGUCGGGAAAAGGUUACUUGCGGAUCAUUACAACAAUGGAGACGGAAUCCGUGAGAUCCGAAUUGAGUAGCCGGUCUCGGCGCAGCUCCAGACACAGGCAGCACACUCACCGAAGCACCCGAAGUACUAAAUCGCAACGAAAAGACUGUGGAGACACUAUGGCGCCAUUCCAAACCAGUGUGAAUAUUAACCCUGACAUUGGAAGAGAUGGCCAAGAGGUUAUCGAAGUACAAAUUCUACCGCAAGAUGAAAAUUGGGGAGAAACUACCACCGCCGUUACAGGAAAUACCUCUGAAGGGUCCCAAUCUAUGGAGGACAUAAGUAACUGGCCCAUGGAUAAUGAUACGGGAAUAGGUAUCAUCUGUUCCAGAUAUUUUGGGACCACAAUUGCACUUGGUCUAGCAUUUGUAUCAUUUGUGAGUCCAUUAGCAAUGGUUGUGUUGCCUAAAAUAGGAUUUUUCCCCGACCUAUCUGAUAAUAUAGCUAUCCAGCCGAGCCAGAGGAUCCAGCUGCUGGCAUGCACGGCUGAGUGCAAAGGAAUCUUAUUAUCAAUAGCAUUUAAGCUUGUCCUACUCGCAAUAGGAGUUUGGGCCGUAUUUUUAAGGCAGCGAAAUGCAAUUUUGCCUAGAAUCUUUGUGUUCCGCGCUAUGACAUUAGUAAUUUUAGCAGUAUGUGUAUUUUCAUACUGGUUGUUCUAUAUAGUACAAGUAACGGAGGCGACGAAAGCGCUGGCUGUCGGCGAAGACGCUAUAGACUAUAAUGCACUGGUGGCAUAUGUAUCGAGUUUUGCGGAUACACUGAUUUUUAUACAUUACGUAGCUGUUAUUUUAAUGGAAAUAAGACAUCUGGAGCCCGUGUAUUAUAUUAAGAUAGUUAGAAGCCCAGAUGGAGAAAGCAGAUCCUAUUCUAUAGGACAGUUGAGUAUACAGAGAGCUGCUGUAUGGGUACUGCAGAAGUAUUAUACGGAGUUUCCAAUUUAUAACCCAUAUUUGGAGAAAAUACCAAUAUCGAAAUCUCAGAGGAAAGCACAGUCCAGUAUAAAGUUUUAUGAUGUGGAUGGCUCAAAUACGAAUGCAUCUUCAGGGCAGCCAAGGUCCGGGCCGGGCUCGUGCGGGAGCGCGGGGCGGCGGCGCGACUCGAGCUCGGCGCACAACGAGCGCUACUACGAGGAGGCCGAGCGGGAGCGACGCGUGCGCAAGCGGCGCGCGAGACUAGUGGCCGCCGCCGACGACGCGUUCGCCCACGUGCGGAGGCUGCGCAGCGCCGCGCCCGCCGCCGCCAGCUCCGCGCUGGGCCCGCGCGAGGCGGCCGCCGCCGUGUUCCCGUCGCUGGCGCGCGCGCUGCAGAAGUACCUGCGCGCCACCCGCCAGCAGCCCAGGCACUCCGCAGACUCCGUGUUAGCGCAUCUCGCCCGCUGUUUGUCCCAAGACGCAUCGCCACGUGCAUUCUUGGAGCCGUUCCUGGUGGAAGGUCCCGUGCUGGCAGCGGAACAGGAAGCCAGGCCCGUGCAGCGCUGGUCGCUGAUAUCCGACGAACUCCUCGCACGCCCUCUCGCGGACGGAAUCGAGUUCCAGCUGCGACAAGGUGAUAUAUACCUGAUAUGUUCUAUAAAGCAGCUCCCCAAGUUCAGUUUGACCGAGGAGGUGGUCGAUCCGAAGAGCAACAGGUUCGUUCUCCGGCUGAACUCAGAAACAUCCGUUUGACAGGACGACUAUGUGAUCCGGGAUGGGCACAGAUAUGUAUGACAUUUAGACAUAAUUUAGGUUAAGGAUCUCUUUAGACUGGUUUCUACUUACAUUUGAAUCUAUGAGCCAAUGAUCUGAAAUUAGUAUUUAAUUUUGAGAUCUUCCUAACUAAUGAUCUGAUAUAUGACUGAUGGCAUGGGUGAAG